AUGAAAAUCCGGAAGCACGACUUCGUCCUCAUCGACGAUGAACUCAAGUGCAGGCUGCACAAAGUGGUGGACAUGAAGAUUAAAAUAAAAAAAAACUAUCUCAAUUUAAUGUUCCUUGUGAAUAAAAAGUACGGAUCGACAUACACUCACAUAAAUAACAAAUGGGUUAGGAGUAAAAAGAAGAAAAAUAAGCUCGACAUUGAUUUUUAUGGAGAUAUUCAUGGAACAAAUAAAGACAUUUUUCAGAAUAGCAAUUCGCAGAGAUUAACUGAGGAGAACAUUGCUGAGUUGAAAGAUAAUGUCUCAGAAAAUCCAUACGAAGUUAUACAAAAAUUGGUCACCAAUUCUUCCACAUACAAAGACAAAACGGUCAUAUCCAAAUUUAAAUAUGUCGAGAAGAAAUUAAAGAGACACCUGUGUCAGUUUACUGUGUACGAAUGUAGUAUUGUGAAUCUGAUCAAUUUUUAUUACAAGUAUUUUCCCGAGAAAGUCUCCUCCGUUAGGGUCGAUUAUUUGUCCAAUUUGUUGUUCCAUUUAAAUCGAGAUGUUCUCGUCAUCAGGGAGGACUCCCAACACACUGAACAGAGCAGCGAAGAAAAGGAAGAGACGCAAAAGGUCCAUGAGGAGACGGAGAAAUCCCAUGCGAAUGGCGCCUCAGAUCAAUUAGGCCAUGAAGCUCUCCACAGCUUCUCCACUCACAAACCUAAUGUAAUCAUUUAUGACGAUUCCUUCGGUUUACUAACCAGCAUGCUGAACAUCAUUUAUUCUGACCAUGUUAAUAUUUUUUCUCUAAUUCAUAAAAAUGCCUCCAAUUCGAUCGUCCCUACCUUUGGCAUUCCUAAAAGCACCAACGUGGCUAAGAUCAGCAUCCUGCAGGCGUCACACGCGCCACGACUGAACACCGGGGAGUGGCUCGCCAUCGACGGGAGAUGCCAGCUCGUUGGGAAGGCGGCAUCGGAAGAGGUCCAAGUGAUGGAUGUGGGAGAAGCGGACGAAGUGGUAGAGGCGGAAGAAGCGGCGGAGGUCGUCCAAGUGGCCGAAAUGGCAGACUUGUCAAACGUGGAAUGUCGCAAGAGGAGAGUAGACCAUGUCGACCAGGUAGACUACAUUGACCACCCCGAUCAUGGAGGGGGCGACCAUGUUGGGACUCCCCCCGACGGCAAGACGGACCCGACGAAUGAAACAGAGAAGCAAAGUCGGGAGCACCCCUCUGUCGCUCCCCCUCCAAACAAACGUGCAAAGAAGGCCCACGGAGAGGCGGACAACCCAAUCGGGUCACCCCCCCCCUUGCAGCUACAACAUAUGCUGAUAAACCACAUGAACAACAGCGGAGCGGAAGCAUUCGUCGUAAUCAUAUCGAGUGACUUCCUUUACAACACAAACACAGAUGUGUCUCUCCUCAUCGAUACACUCAUCAAGGUGUCUUUGAAAUUUCUCAAAAAUGACAGCAAGCUGAUUAUUCAUACGGACGACUUAAAUCUGUGCAGCCUAUUUUUGAAGGGCCUAAUGGGUACGAGUUCCUUCAUAAACAUAAAGCUGAAUGAAUUUGUGUUACGAGAGCAGCAAGUUUUGAAGCGGCGAACGCAUCCAGUGAUAAAAAAUGCCAAACUGGCCGAUGGGUUUCUCUUAACUGCGCUCAAGGUGGAGGGAGCCGCGUAG